CCCAGACUUGUUUAUGUCAGUGUCGCCCCGGGCCGGGGAGGGGGAGCGGAGGGCAAGUCGUGCCCGCCCCUGAAAUCCCAGCCGCCCAGCGAUUGGCUGCAAAGGCCCAGGCCUGGCCGCGGAUUGGUCACACCCGGGGGCUUGAAAGGUGUCUGGGAGCGCCGUACACCUCAGACGGACGGGGGCCGGGGAUCAGGCAGCGGCUCAGGCGACCCUGAGCUCGCUCCCAGCCCGCCAUGGCCCGGCUGCUGCAGGCGUCCUGCCUGCUCUCCCUGCUCCUGGCCGGCUUCGUCCCGCAGAGCCGGGGACAAGUGAAGUCGAAGGUGGACUGCCAUGGUGGCAUGAGCGGCACCAUUUAUGAGUACGGAGCCCUCACCAUCAGUGGGGAGGAGUACAUCCCCUUCAAGCAGUUUGCUGGCAAAUACGUCCUCUUUGUCAACGUAGCCAGCUACUGAGGCCUGACGGGCCAGUACAUUGAACUGAAUGCACUACAGGAAGAGCUUGCACCAUUUGGUCUGGUCGUUCUGGGCUUUCCCUGCAACCAAUUUGGAAAACAGGAACCAGGAGAGAACUCGGAGAUCCUCCCCAGCCUCAAGUAUGUCCGACCAGGUGGGGGCUUUGUCCCCAAUUUCCAGCUGUUUGAGAAAGGGGAUGUGAAUGGAGAGAAAGAGCAGAAAUUCUACACUUUCCUAAAGAACUCCUGUCCUCCCACCUCGGAGCUCGUGGGUACAUCUGACCGCCUCUUCUGGGAACCUAUGAAGGUCCAUGACAUCCGCUGGAACUUUGAGAAGUUCCUGGUGGGGCCAGAUGGUAUACCCAUUAUGCGCUGGCACCACCGGACCACAGUCAGCAACGUUAAGAUGGACAUCCUGUUAUACAUGAGGCACCGGCAGGCAGCCCAGGAGGUCAAGAGGAAGUAACUGAAGCCCGUCUGAUCCCAUGUCCACCAUGUAGGGGAGGGACUUUGUUCAGGAAGGAAUCCGUGUCUCCAACCACACUAUCUGUCCACCACAGACCCCUUUCCUAUCACUCAAGGCCCCAGCCAGACACAAAUGGAUGCAUACAGUUGUAUGUCUAUACUGCCAGGCAUGUGGGUGUGGGUACAUGUGGGUAUUCACUUGCCUACAGGCAUGCAUGACUGUGUGUGUGUGUGUGCAUGGGUGAACAGCCACAUGCCUACCUGUAUGUCUAUCUGGGAAUGUCUGUCCAUCUCUGUGCCUGCAGCUGUGUGCUGUGUAGUGCUGGAGAAUAACACCCCUUUCUCUCCAGUUCUCCAUUCCAAUGAUAAUAGUUCACUUACACCUAAACCCAAAGGAAAAACCAGCUCUAGGUCCAAUUGUUCUGCUCCAAUACCUCAACCUUGGAGCCAGCAUCUCCCACUGCCUCCAAAUAUUAGUAACUACCACUGACAUCCCCAGAAGUUUCUGGGUCUACCACACUGCCCAAACCCCCCUCCUCCUUCCUGAAGGGCCCUCCCAAGGCUACAUCCCCACCCCACAGUUCUCCCUGAGAUCAGCCAAGGCAGAUGUGAGAGCGAGGGCCAUGUACCCAUGUCAGGGGUGGCAUCUUCAUGAGGGAGGGGCCCAAAGCCCUUGUGGGCGGGCCUCCCCUGAGCCUGUCUAAGGGGCCAGCCCUUAGUGCAUUCAGGUUAAGCCCCUGGGCAGGGAUGCCACCUCUGUUCCUUCAGAGGACAUGCCAUCUCCCCUCACUGGUCCAUUGGCAUGAGACUCACCCCACCUGCCCAGUAAAAGCCUUUCUGCAGCAGCUGA